AUGGGCGGCAGAGCCGGCUUCUUCGAGGUGGAAAUUCUUGAUUGGAAGACAAAGAAACAGCUAUGUUUCCUAGAUAAGGUGGAACCAAAUGCCACAAUUAGGGAGAUCAGAUUGAUGUUCCAUAAAAUAUAUCCUUGGUGGUACCCAGCAAGGCAGUCGAUAAAACUUGAUCCGAAAGGAAAUUCCCUGAGGGAUGAGGAAAUCCUGCAGCACCUCCCUGUUGGCACAACUGCUACCUUAUACUUUAAAGAUUUAGGGCCACAGAUAGGAUGGAGUACGGUAUUUUUGAUAGAAUACACAGGUCCAUUGUUCAUCUAUUUUCUGUUUUAUUUCCGCAUGCCUUUUGUCUAUGGACUGGAUGAGAGGUUUACAUCAAGCCCACAUCCAGUAGUUAACUUGGCAUGUAUCUGCCAUUCUUUCCACUACAUCAAAAGGUUGAUUGAAACAAUAUUUGUUCAUCGGUUCUCCCAUGGAACUAUGCCACUGAGGAAUAUUGUGAAGAACUGCUUUUAUUACUGGGGAUUUGCAGCUUGGCUUGCUUACUACAUCAAUCAUCCUCUAUACACUCCUCCCUCUUAUGGGAAAAAACAGAUAAAUUUUGCUGUGAUCAUGUUUCUGCUAUGUGAAGCUGGAAAUUUUUCCAUUCAUGUUGCACUCAGUGACCUCCAGAGAAAUGGCUCCAAAACCCGUAAGAUCCCAUAUCCAACAAAGAAUCCUUUCACAUGGCUGUUUUUCUUUGUGUCUUGCCCUAAUUAUACAUAUGAGGUGGGGACCUGGAUCAGUUUCACUAUCAUGACUCAGUGUGUUCCAGUGGGGCUAUUUACCUUGCUUUACUUCAUUCAGAUGACAGUCUGGGCAAAGGAUAAACACUGCACCUACCUACGAGAAUUCAAGGAUUAUCCAAGUUUUCGAAUGCCAAUUAUACCCUUUCUAUUGUAAGAAAAAAGGUUGAAUUUGAAUAUUGCAUGGAACUUCAA